CGGAUCCCUUUGUCGCAGCCACCGAUCCGGAUCGCCCGAACGAAGCAGUCCUCCUCAAGUGUUCGCCUCGCCUCCACAAUGUCCCGAUGAUCAGCCGGUUUACGAGUUCCCAGUUGCGUAGUCGCCAUUGCGUGCCAUCCAAAUGAAGCAAGUCCCUGUCUCGUUCCUGUUUCGCGUCGCCUCCUGUCGAUUAUCGAGUCAUCUAUGUACAUUGUCCGAGGUUGCGAUAGCCGUAUCCGGAAGUCGCACAAGUCCCGCAGUGUGCCCGAUGUCGGCUUGAUUGUCGCACGAAACAAACACGCUCCCGCAAAGAUGAAAGACAAGACAGUCUCGAGAAAAGAAUACAGACCUAGGCACCGGCCUCCAUCGCUGACUGUUCCCAGCGGACCCCGUCGCCCGAUUGAAGCGCCGUGCUGUGUCGCAUGUCUUGUCGUCGCCAGAUAUGCACCCGCUGGAUCUUGCCCUCGUGUUCUGGUGGUAUUUCCCAAAUCCACAAAGCCGAGAUCCGUUUCGUCGAAGUGGAAUGGUGAAGCCUAUGUCAGAUGCAUCUUCGAGAACGUACCUGGUAAAAAACAGUGCGCUCCCUCCACCGGUUCGCACAAAAUUCGCCGUUCCCAUGUCCGCAUGCCGAGUCUGGUUGUCCCGAUCGCUUGGUGUUCGUUUCACGACCCGUACGCUGGCGAAAAGCAUGAACCCGCGUCGACAUCGGAUGCCCGAGACCUGCAGAGACCGUGCAGAAUGAUUAGUCCCGUCCAUCUUCGCAUGUCAAGCGAACUCCCCCACAAGCCCUAUCGUAAUGUACCUGCAACGAAUCCGGCGAUUUAAUUUCCCUUGCGCGUGUCCAAGAAUCCACGAGUGCAAGUGCGCCGGUUGUCGCCGAUGAUCCCGGUGAUGCGGUUGGCG